AUGGCAUCAAUCAACCAGGACGCAAGUGACCUGAUUGCUGCACUCUCUAAGGAGGUGGAUUCUGCGGCUGCAAAGAUUGAAGCUCAACAGAAGGGCGUCUUGCAACAAAUGGAACAGAUGGAAACUCUUCAGCAACAAAUCCAGCAGGGCAACAAAGAAAACAUUAUGUUGGCACUUGGAUCGGGUUAUUUCGUUGAACGGACACGUUCUGAAGCCCUUGAGUUCUUGCAACGUCAAGUUACAUCGUUAAGGAAUGCUAGCGAGGAUUUGGAGCAGCGUCUCAAUAAAGUGAAGGAAACAAAAACCCAAUUGGUAACGUUCCUGCAAGUUGCCAGUCAAACCCCGUUGGAUGAGGACAAAUUGAAUGAGGAGGGAUUGCCAUUCAUGGACAUUGUCGAACAACUUGACGCCGAUGACAACGUAAUCCUGGCGCAAGUAAAUAAUCGUGAUGUUGACCCAAUAUUGCAGGCAGAAGACGUGGCACUGUCGGCUGAUCUUAUCGAACCCUUCGUUGAUGACGCCCCUGAUAUAUCCACACCAGUGGCUGACUUAAUGGAUGUUGACGGAGAUGACACCCCACAUGGCCCUAAAAUACGUGAACUUGGUCGAGAGGAUAUGGUUUCUGAAUCGAACAAGUCACUGAAACAAACGGUGGACGGCGAUGUUACUGAUACCGCUGACGUUAAAGAUGAUGGCGCCGGUAAAGACACAGAUUCUCACGAAAAGGGGCGCCUUAGUCGUCAGUUUUCCGAGCUAUUAGAGGACAUGGAAUUAGUACUGGCGCCAGUGACUAGAGAAAACCUUUUGUCCCGCAUAAACUCCCUUGACAUUGACUCCGAACACAAGCAACAACUUUUGGAAGCCUACCACCGGCAGUUUGACAAGUUUGACGACGAAAUGACCGAUGUGAGAGAGCCUGAGGUACAAGCAAGUGCGGAUGACACAUUCGAUGAGUCUACUCAAAGGGAACGCGAGCAAGUACUUGCUGAUAUCAUCAAGGAAAAUAUUCCUGAAGAUUCAUCAAAUACAAAGGAACUCCAUGGAAAUACGGAUCCCACCAUUUUGGCUAGGCCUUCCGUUGAUACGCUGGAUCUUCUCGAACUUGAAAUUCUUGCAGACGACUUCAAUGGAGAUGAAGAUGAAUGGGAUGGGGACUGGCCUUUUGAUGAAGACGAGGACGAUGAAGAUGACGACAUCGAGGACAUGCUUAGUCAACCUCAAUUCUUCAAGGGUAACACUCCUGCGAAUGAUAUGCUUUGGAAACAAGUGUUGGAGCGGCGGCAAAAUCUACUGAUGCCCAAAAUCGACAAGUCUGAUACGGGCGACCAGGGUAGCUCAUUACCUAUUCAAAAAAAGAGUGUUCGAUUUGCACCUGAACUUGAUAUCAAAGAGGUUGAAAAUAUCAGCGAUGACUUAAAAAACAUGAACGUGGCACCUAAAGUGUCCCUUUUCAAACAACGGCGCUUGCAAGACGACCUUGUGACAGAUUCUCCAUCCGCUGAACUGGAGGUUGUUGACGAAGAAAUGUCAGAUGGAAACGUGCUUGAGGAGCUGGUCAUUGAACGGUUUGACAAUAAUUCGAUUGAUGAUUUGGCUAAGCUGACUAUAUUGGAACGUCCACAGGAAACUCCCUUAGAAAAACCGAAAAAGGUCAGUCGUUUCAAGCAACAACGUCAAACCAUUCCCGACUCGCUGACAAAUUCUCCUUUUUUGAAACAGAGUGCGGAAGAUAAUUCCCUGUCUUCGUUGGAUGAUCAUAAUCGUGCAAGUGCUGAUAAUGACUCACAAGAGUCUAAAAUCAGUCCUUCGUUGAAGGAAAUUGAUGCCGGAAACAAUAACCAAAAGAUCGUUUUGGAUUACCAUCUGAUCCAGAAUGACUUAGAUUUGAUGGCCAAAGCGUACGCCCUGGGAUUGUAUGACGAUGACAUUAACAACAAAGGUCCAGUGGUCGAGGAGCCUCAUGAUUUCGAGUUGAUCAACGACAUGGUUGAACUGAUGGCACAGGAUACACCCUCAACAACCACCCGUCGUAAACCCGACCCCCAAUUUGAUGCUAGGCUGGAUGAAGUUGGAGAUUUCGAUUUUCCUGACAUCGAAAGCGCAGAUGAGGAUAAUUUCCCCAUACUUGCGGACGAGAUUGUCGAGCAUGAAACCAAUGCUUUGACGGAGGAUCCAGAAGAUCUGAUUUUGCAACUGGAAAUCUCAUCCAACUAUCAUCGCUUACGACAAAAGUUUCUAUUCGAUCAAAAUGGGUUCAGAAAGCUGCAGCAAGAAUUGGAAAUGGAACCGAUCGAUGCAGAAGGUAAUCCCAUCAAGGUUAGUAGAUUCAAAGCUGCGAGGCUAGGUAAAGCCUAG